ACUGGUGAUAAUUGGACAAUUUCAGAAUGCAAUGACCGUUUUGAGUUGAUUAUAUAAGCGAGGCACAAUGGACAAUAGAUCAUCAGUUCUUGCACUUCCAUUCAUUAGAGAAGAUUUCGAGCUUUACCCAAAUAAGCAAGCAAAAUGUUCCGACUUUUGAUCGUCUCCGCCCUGAUCGCCACGAGCUUCGCUCGCAGCCUCUCAGAAUCGGAAGCUCAUGCCAGCAUUCUGUCCUACAACAACGUCCUGCAAGACGAUGGUCACUACAACUGGGCAUUCGAAACCAGCAACGGAAUUGCAUUCCACGAAGAAGGACUCGGUGCUCAUCAAGCCAACGGAGCUUACUCCUACACUGGCCCAGAUGGCGUCCAAUACCGUGUGAUCUACGUUGCCGAUGAAAAUGGAUUCCGUCCAGAGGGAGCCCAUCUGCCAACUCCUCCACCAACCCCGGAACAUGUGAUCAAGUCUCUGGAGGAGAUCCGUGCCAACCCACCCAAGGACCAGAAGGACUUCAGCCUGGAAGCCCUGGACGCCACCAUCCGACGACUGAAGCAAUAUGCCUAACUAAAUCAAACAAAUUUCAAUUGUUAUCUAUUGUAAGUAGCUAAAAUUGCUGUGUUAGAAAAAUUGUUUAAAUAAAAAUCAU